CUUGUGUUUGUUUCAAAGCACAGACCAAUCAUGGUACACGUCAUGUCUCUCAUCUGCAGUAACGUUGCGAAGAUUCUCUCCACAAUCUUACCACAUGACAGGUUCCAACGAAUCGAGGGUCCAGCGAAAAUUUCCUUAUAUCAGCCGAGCCACGCGAGCGCUUCAGGCGGACGCGUCUCUGGACCGAGAGAUCACCGAUCCCAAUGAGCUACGACACCUUGAUGAGUUCCUUGGGAAUCAGGUGAAUGAGUUGCAAUCAAGAGUGAAAGAACUGUCCGUAACGGAGGGCAUUUUCCUCUCUGCCACUAUGGAGUUCAGGGAAACCAUCAAAACCAUGUACUCCUUACAAAAGCCCAAAGUUUGCUACAAAAGCCUAAUGAAUGACUACCGUAACAAAGUGAGUGCAUUGUCAGGACGAGGUAAGAAGUCAGAGGUCUCUCUGGUGGUCAACUUGUUCCAGUCUGUGCUGGACGGAUUCAUCAGAGCCGAAAAUAAACGAGGCGAGUCCGAACCAGCCAAGACGACCAGGACGGGAAAGAAGAGGAAAAAAAAUGAGAAAUGUAUUGAUAAUCCUCUGGAUCAUCUGUUCAGCACAUACCAGGUGAACAUCAUGCAGUCGUGUGACUUGUGUAAUUCCUUCAUCUGGGUAAUGGAGAAAGCUUGCAUGUGCAGCGCUUGCAAGUUCAUUUGUCACAAGAAAUGUCUCGACAAAAUCAUCACAGACUGCUCAACACGGCGUUCCAAGAUGGAUGACAGUGUGCAAGGCUCACUACACUUUGGAGUUCAAGUGUGCGUCCUGACCAGUAAAACCAACCCAGUGCCCAAAGUGGUGGAGUUGUUGCUGAUGCAUGUGGAGCUGAACGGCCUCUACACCGAGGGCAUUUACCGAAAGUCUGGGGCAGCUUGCCGAGCGAAGGAGCUACACCAGAUUUUGCAGAUUGAUCCUGAAAAUGUCUGUUUGGAUAACUACCCCAUCCACACCAUCACCGGCCUCGUCAAGCGCUGGCUUAGAGAGCUUCCUGAACCCCUCAUGACAUUUCCUCUCUACAACGACUUCCUGCAUGCUGCCGAGCUGCCAGAGAAUCAGGAGAGAAUAAGGGCUGUAUACCAAAAAGUCGAUGAGCUUCCUCCUGCUAAUUACCACACUUUGGAGCGGCUUAUUUUCCACCUUGUCAAGGUUGCAAAGGAAGAGAAGCACAAUAAGAUGUCACCAACAUCUCUGGCUAUUGUGUUUGCUCCCUGCAUCCUGCGCUCAGCUGAUAUAAGUGACCCUUUACUUUGUAUGAAGGAUGUGCCCAAAAGUACCCUAUGUUUGGAGAUCCUGAUCAACGAGCAGCUGAGGCGCUACAACGAGAAGAUGCAAGACAUUCAGGAGCUGGAAUAUGCCGAGGCCCAGGCUGUCCAUAAACUCAAACUAAGGAGACAAAACACGGUUCAACCCGAAGCUGAGCAGAAGGUUCCACACCUACUGCAGUCUGAUGAGUCCGACAGCACCAUCAUUGAAAGAAUCAAAUCAAUCAAGCAAGAGAAGUUGGACAUAGCGAUCAGGUUACCUGAACUGGAGCAGGAACACUCGGACUCUGAAAACGUGGACUCUGCAUCAUCAGUGAGCUCAGACAGCCUGGACCAGCUGGGCGGCGUUGACUCGGAAGGAAAGGCGACAAAGCUGCCGAGAGCGCUGAGACCGAAAUGCCCAGCUAAAACUGCGGACCUGGCGCACACGGUCAGGAGUUGCGCUGCUCAAGACUCUCCCUCCUCAGACGACAAGCAGCAGCAGCUCACCAGCAAGACCUUUAAUGGGAGCUUUGAUGACCUGGACAUCCCUUAUAUCGAUGACGUUGAAAAUUGAAGCUGACACUAAUUCCACACGUUCUGAUAAUCUGAACACCUGAAAGCACUUUCUUUGACAGACUCUAUUUGUCAUUGCUGCUGAGAAGGACAUCAUGCUGACCCGUUCCACCAGGGUUCUUAUGAGACAUGCUCAGAACUAUUUCUGAUCUUUAUAUGGAGAUUCUGCUAAUUCCAUCACUUUACAGAAGAUUUUAUAAAGGAGCUGAGGGUUUUGGACCAGUUCUGUGUAACAAACUGUAAAAUCAAUGUCCCCUUUUCUUUUCUCUUUCUGGUGGUUGUUUGUAAUUAAAAAAAAUAACAUAGUAACUAUACUGUAGAUGUGCUAACUUUGUACUCAUAUUCUGACACUGUGAUCAAGAAUCUCACGGGAAAACCAUGUAUUUCUCUUUCUUUUUAUGUUACUUUUUUUUAGUAGUUUGACAUUAAUUAAUCUGAGACUUUUUGUAAAAUAAAUUUUGUCUUUAUUUGAA